AUGACUGACUAUCAGGACAUGAUACAUCCCGGCGAAACGAAGGCCAUCGAUGAGGACUGGGACAAUGAGAGCAUAAGCUCGACCGAAACGGUGGAGGUGCCCAACUGUUCUGAAAGACUUCGUGGCUUUUUCGUACGUUUACUUCUUUCCUUUCUUGUUAUUGGAGCAUGCGCUGGAGCUUUGAUAUGGUCGUUUGUCAACGGUGAGGCAGGGAUCAACACAAAUAUCCACGAAAGAAACGCAUCAGCGAAUUUUUCCAUUUUCGUUGACGAAUAUACAGUGAAAGAGGGGAUUUAUUCAGUUACAUUUCGUACUCCAGACUCUACCAAAGGCGGUUUGGAGACUCCAAAAGUGUUUCCCUCUUUCUGGUAUCAGGACAACAAGAAUCAGCGACUUGUACAUCAGAUAGACGUGAACACUAUAAUAUAUGCUUACAGUAACUUCUCAUUCUGGGUCAGAUACAACAAUGGAGUGAUUUCCCGUUGCGAUUUCGAUGCGUCCACAAAUUACUUGAGCUAUAUCAACCGACUAGGGCUGAUACGCUUGCAGCGGCAGCACUCUGCCAUUGAACAAACCUAUCAUCACAAGGAAGUCUUUGUUUACGAUGGCGAUCCAGACAGUGUGCUUUUGCAAGGCUCAUCUCAGACUGCGUUCCUCGUCACUGCCUACGCAGAUGCUCAGACUGGUGCGCUACUUGGUUGGGACACUUUCUUCUCGUCGAGCUCUUCUACAGAUUUGUGCCAGUUAUCAUAUUGGUAUGACAGUAUGAUUCCAUCUUCUCCUAACUCGACUUGGUUCGAUCCACCAUCACAAUGUGAACCAUCUGGGAUUCGUUCAAAUAGAGUGCCCAUUUAA